CGCUAAUAUUCGAUUGAAACAACCAGACUCAACGGCAUUUCUCAAUUUGCCGCGUCUUGCCCACCAAAGGUUGCGUCAAUGGCGUCGGCCGAGAGCAAUUUGCCGCCUGCGACGCUGCAGAUGCCGCCGGCCAAUGGCGAGUCACCGCCGAGCCUCGAGCAUGGCAACGAGGAGUGGGACACUGGUCGCCACGUUUUGAGAACGCUGCAAUCGCAUGUGCGGUCGGCGCUGAAGAUGCACGCGGACUACUUCGUGGACCCUGACGAGCCGCAGUGCCCGCUGAACUUGGUGUCGCGAAGAAACGUGCGCUUCAGCUCUCUCCUCCAACUACCCACCGGCGACGAAGAAGACGUUCCGGGCCUCAUUCGACGCCGGCGACAGACGCAAGACACGGAUGUCCGCCGCAUCCUCAACACCUACCUGCGUGCCGGCUACGACUCGUCCAUGGGUUGCAUUUGUGUCAUCCGGUCGCCGACGCCGUCCGACACGCCGUUGUACUACGUCAUCGACGGCAACCACCGUUUUGCAGCGAUCCGAGCGAUGACGACGACGCAGCGACAGGAAUUUGUCGAGCGCAGCGGCUUCAAGGUGCCUCCCAUUCGCGACGACGCUCCGGACGACUUUCUGCUGCCGAUCGUGGAGCUCUCCGUCACGACGACGUGCGACGUCCAAGCCCAGGUCGCCGAGCAACGCAACAAGCAUAUCACGCUGGAUCAGAGCUCGUACUACUCCUGCGCGCUGCUUGUCGCCGAGCACAUGUCCAAGACGCUCGUCAAGCUGCGCCAAGACAAAUGGUGGCGCGACUCGAGCCUUCCGUUGACGAUGCCAUGGCACGACGACGAACGGUGCAGCGCGCUGCAGGCGACGGGGUGGGUCUCUAUCAACUCGACGGUGGCCAAAUCGGCGGCUCUCUUGCACCGCACGGACCUCGUCGACUUCAUGCUCCGAGAAAUGGACGAUCCGUUCUGCUUUCGGGCCAAAUGCGGUCAGCGUAUCUUCACAGACAUCGUGGAGGUGACGCGGGACGCACUCGACUUUCUCAUCUCCAAGGGCUUCGCUGACGUCGUGCCGCAGCGUGUGAAGAGCCCCAGAGACGUGCAGUCGCCAGAGAGCUUUACCCGGGAUAUGCUGCGCAUCUUGGCUCACGUUCUCUGGCUGCACGAGUCGCGGCUGCUGCCCGAGAUCAGAGAACGUGCCUUUUUGGAGAAGAUAUGGCGCGACGACUUUACGGCGGCCGAGAUCGAUGGCUUCUUCACCAAGCCGCCGCCGUGGGUCGGGGCAAGAGUCGAGCUCGAGAAGGCUGCACGGCUGGUGGCCAAGGAGAAGGGCAUCCGUGUACAUGACGCAAAGAAGGAGCUACAGCAACGACAGUUCGUGACCAAAUUCAACCGCAAGGCGGGAAGGCCGGCACCGAAGGUCCCGAAUAGCACUCCAGUUGACAAGACGACCAUGGCUGUCGCGCGGGAUACGUCGAACGCACCGCUGCGCUCUAUACGUCUCGCUGCGCAGCAGACGCGUUGCGAUGUGGAUCUCACGGAGUCUUCCGACGAGCUUGUGCCACCUCCAACUACCGCCGCGCUGGCCCAUCAAGACAACGAUGCAGGGUCCGGUUUCGAGACGUCGUCCUGUGACAGCGACGGCGACAGCACCGACGACGAAAACGCUUCAAAAGAACCGGGCACGGGCGACAUGGCUGCGCUGUCUGUGUCGAAUCCAGGCAAGGAGGACGACGGCAAGAAGCGACGCGCCUCAGUCGCUGAGGGAGGACAAGAGCCCGAUGUAUCAAAGAAGGCGCGCCGCAAUCAUGCCGACGAAGAGGCAUUCGACUGGCCUGAUCAUGUCGAUUUCAAGUCGAGCGUCGUCGGCGUGAGCGGGCCUGGGCACGUGGAGUUCCGGAGCCGCGAGCGCGUUGAUGUCCCGCGAUAUACUGUGACUUCAGUUGACCAAGAUGACGAGACGGGCAUGGUCGUUGAUUUUGACGAGGCGGACCCAGGAAAGUUCCUGGAGUCGCUCCGAGCGAUUCACAAGGAGGCAGCGUUGAAGCAUUCGCCCAUGGUCAGUAUCACCUUGACCUCUCGAGCGAUGAAGGAGUGGCUGCGUCACGAUGCAAGUCAACAGCAAGAAGAAACGUUGAUUGGCGUUAGGAUGACUCCUCUCGAAAUGCGUUGCUUUUUGACAUCCUGUGCGACAUCGGACAAGUAUAGCGUCCCAUCCUAUUUCGUUUAAUACAGCAGAAAAUCGAGGAGUACUUAUGGUAUCUGCGA